AUGGUGGAGACUGAUUCUUAUUCUUUAUUUCAAAUGGUGAGAGGAUUAGCUGCUGUUCCAUGGAAGAUGCAAUAUCUACUUGAAAGGAUUAAGAUGCUGUUUGGCUUUCUGAAUUUGCAAAUCAAACACAUAUAUAGGGAAGCUAAUAGUCUGGCUGACUUCUUAGCUUCCUUUGCAGUUAAAUCAGAACAGUACACUGAGUUUUCUGCAAAUAAUAUUCUGCCAUCCAUUGGAAGACUGAUAUUGCAACAAGAUUUAUAUGGCUUUCCCUAUGCCAGAUUGAAGAGUUUGAUAUGUGAUCAAAGAGAAGAAUCAAGAGCAGUUCUUCAGUUUCUGUUGGCUGCUCCUUUUCCAAUCUGCUUGGACUAUCUUCUGGACUUCUUUUGUGAGCUUUUGAGUUUGGAUGAUCAGAUUAUGGUGGAGACUGAUUCUUAUUCUUUAUUUCAAAUGGUGAGAGGAUUAGCUGCUGUUCCAUGGAAGAUGCAAUAUCUACUUGAAAGGAUUAAGAUGCUGUUUGGCUUUCUGAAUUUGCAAAUCAAACACAUAUAUAGGGAAGCUAAUAGUCUGGCUGACUUCUUAGCUUCCUUUGCAGUUAAAUCAGAACAGUACACUGAGUUUUCUGCAAAUAAUAUUCUGCCAUCCAUUGGAAGACUGAUAUUGCAACAAGAUUUAUAUGGCUUUCCCUAUGCCAGAUUGAAGAGUUUGAUAUGUGAUCAAAGAGAAGAAUCAAGAGCAGUUCUUCAGUUUCUGUUGGCUGCUCCUUUUCCAAUCUGCUUGGACUAUCUUCUGGACUUCUUUUGUGAGCUUUUGAGUUUGGAUGAUCAGAUUAUUAAGGGGCUGAUACUUAUUAUUUUGGACAGACUGUUGGUCUUCCCUGUCUCUUCCUGGACUGUAUCUGUGGCCAUUUCUUCUGUGGCUUAA